AUGGCCUUGCAGACUGCUCAGCCUCUGCUGGGGUCCUGUGGGACCUCUGCCCACGGCAACCUUCUACUCCUGCUUCUCAGCCUUGGGUGGGUGUUUCCUUCCAGGGCCCAGGCUGCAGACUCGAGACUGGGUGUCAUGACCCCAUGGCUGCAAGGCACCUCCCGGGACCUGUCCUGGCAGCAACCUGAGCUGACUGUUGUCCUCUUGAGGGACCGGCGGGACACGGAGAAGAAGGUCUGCCUACCCGAGCGGAAGGCCCACGUGAUAGAUGAAAACCUUGUCUUCUACGAGGAGUGGGAACUGGAGGCCUGUGUGGACGGGGCCCUGCUGGCGGCUCAGGUGGACCGCGUGAACAUGGUGCCCUUCACCUACCAGCAGCUGAAUGUUUUCAAGCGCAAACUGGACGAGUUCUAUCCACAGGGGUACCCUGAGUCCCUGAUCCAGCACCUGAGGUACUUCUUCCUCGAGCUCACGCCUGCGGACAUCCACAGGUGGAACGUGACAUCCCUGGAAACUGUGAAAUCUCUUCUUCAAGUCAGCAAAGGGCAGACAAUGGAUGCUCAGGUGGCUGCCCUGAUUGCCCGCUACGUGGCAGGAGGGGGCCAACUGGACAAGGCCUCCCUGGACACACUGGCCACCUUCGGCCCCACGUACCUGUGUUUUCUCAGUCCUGAGCAGCUGGGCUCCGUGCAACCCAGCGUCCUUUGGGCAGCCAGGCCCCAGGACCUGGAGGCAUGCCGCCCACCGCAGAUGGACAUCCUCUAUCCCCGGGCCCGCGCGGCCUUCCAGAACAUCAGUGGGUCUGAAUACUUCAUGAAGAUCAAGCCCUACCUGGCUGGGGCCCCCACGGAGGACCUGCGGGCUCUCAGUCAUCAGAAGGUGAACAUGGACACGGCCACAUUCAAGACGCUACAGACGGAGGCUGUGCUGCCGCUGACCAUUGCCGAGGUACAAAACCUUCUGGGUCCAAACCUGGUGGGCCUGAAGGCAGAGCAGGAGAGCAGCCCUGUGCGGGACUGGAUCUUACGGCAGCGGCAGGAUAACCUGGAGAGUCUGGGCCUGGGGCUCCACGGUGGCAUCCCCAAUGGCUACCUGGUCAUGGACCUCAGCUUCCGAGAGGCCCUCUCAGGGGGCGCCCGCCUCCUCGGACCCGGACCAGUGCUCAUUGCGAUCCCCACUCUGCUCCUGGCUUUGAUCCCCAAGUGAGCCCACUGCUCUGGAUGUGGGACCUCCCCUGCCCUGAAGCCCUGCCUGGCCCACCCCAAGGGGACUGGACUUCAAUAAAAGGCCCCUGUCCUUCCCUGCA